CCAUGUUUGCCUUAAAAAGACAGUUUCAGCUGUGCUUGUGCUCUGCUAGGAGGCAUCAUGGGGAGAACUGUGGUGCAGCUCACCCUCAUUGGGCUGCAGCUGGCUUUGACUUCCACACUGCUAAACAAGGAUGACUGGGACGUCUACAGCUUUCACAUAAACUCCACAGUGACCAGUCGUUAUGCCACCACUGUCAUCACAAGCCGUGUGGCCAAUCGUAUGAACGAGUCAAAGGAAAUUGAAUUCCAUGUUCGGAUUCCCAAGAAUGCCUUCAUCAGUAAAUUUCGAAUGUUUAUCGAUGGCCAAGUUUAUGAUGGUGUUGUGAAAGCUAAGGAGCAAGCUCAGCAGCAGUACGCUGAAGCUGUGUCCCGUGGUGAAAGUGCUGGGCUUGUCAGUUCUGUAGGGAGGGCUCUGGAGGAAUUUAAGACCUCUGUAACUGUGGCUGCUCACAAAAAGGUCACUUUUGAACUCACAUAUGAGGAACUGAUGAAACGCACACAUGGCAAGUAUGAGCUGCAAAUUCAUGCUCAACCCAUGCAGCCUGUCAGAGACUUCAAGGUGGAUGUGUACAUUCACGAGGAAGCCGGCAUCAAUUUCAUCGAUGUGAAAGGAGGCCUGAGCACCAAAGCCCUCGCUAAUGCCAUCACCAAAACACAUGUUAAUAAACAGGCAUGGGUGUAUUUCUAUCCAACAGUCGACCAACAGAAAAUGUGUGACAGCUGUGGAGAUCAGGGUAUGAAUGGAGAUAUGGUUAUAGUUUAUGAUGUUAACAGGAAAUUGAUUAAAUCUGCUGGGUACUUUGUUCAUCACUUUGCUCCAUCCAAUCUUCCCCGAAUUUCCAAAAAUGUCGUCUUUGUUAUUGACAAAAGUGGCUCAAUGCAAGGCCGAAAAAUAGAGCAGACUAGGAUCGCGUUAAUCCAUAUUUUGAAUGACCUGGCAGAAGAUGACCAUUUUGGUUUGAUCACUUUUGAUGGCAACAUUUUUCCCUGGAAAUUGGAACUUGUUCAGGCCAACAGUAAAAACGUGGAAAGCGCCAAAAACUUUGCACGCAACAUUCAAGCUGGAGGAUACACAGACAUCAAUCAAGCACUGCUGCAAGGAGCAAAUAUGCUGAACACGCAUGACAGAGAAGGUUCAGCAUCAAUCCUUAUACUCCUCACAGAUGGACAGCCAACCAAAGGGGUGACAAAUCUGGAGAAAAUACAGUCAAAUGUAAGAGAGGCUGUUGCAGGCAAAUUCCCAGUUUACUGUCUGGGUUUUGGUUUUGAUGUUGAUUUUGAGUUCCUUAAGAAAAUGUCGCUGCAAAAUAACGGUGUGGCACGACGGAUUUAUGUAGACUCAGAUGCUGAUUUACAGCUGAAGGGUUUCUAUGAAGAGGUGGCAACUCCUUUGCUGACAGAUGUGACAAUGAUCUAUGUGGGUGGGACCAAUCUAACCCAGACUAACUUCAGUCAGUAUUAUAAUGGUUCUGAGAUUGUGGUGGCCGGACAGAUCACAGACAAUGACACUGAAACCUUCACACCUCAAGUUGUGGCUAUUUCGAGUAAUAGAAGGUUAGUAUUUUCUGACUCAAAUGGCAUUGUGGAAUCUGGUGGAAGUGUGUCUGAUGACCUUAUCCAGAGAGUUUGGGCCUACCUCACAGUUAAACAGCUUCUGGACAAAGAGCUCCAGUUAUCUGGACCUGAGAAAGAGCAAGUGAAGAAGGAGGCUUUGAGUCUCUCACUGAAGUACAGCUUUGUGACGCCGCUCACAUCUAUGGUUGUCACAAAGCCUCUGGGAGAGACCAUACAUGUGCUUCAUAAACCCAAGGAAAGUGAAGCACCACAGAGAAGGAAGCCCCCUGGACAUCAAUCCAUUUCAAGACACCGUGGUACUUCUACUCGUCACAGGAGCGAUAAUGUUGCAACAACUGCUGUUGAGAGAGCCUUUGAGCACUGGUUCUCCUCACUUGAUCCAGGAGAAAUGAUAGAUAUUUUACAAUUUCUUAAUGGAGAUAGAGGAUUUUACUUUUCCUCGCCCUCUGGAUCUCAAUCCCGCAAAAAACGACCUACUUUAAGAGAAACUUUCCUUGAUAUGUUCAUACCUCAUUAUUCACUUGAUGGCAAUCCUCUGCAACCAACUGAUGCUCCUCUUCUCCACAGGUUUUUGUUAAAAGCUGAGAAUCAGACUGUUCCGCUGUGCUUUGAUGUCAGUGGUGCUCUCAGCCUUAAACUUCUUCAUCAUCCCAGCAGGGGUCAGUAGUCUUCAGUUUUGCUG